AUGCCGCGGCUGGAAAAAAUUGCCGGAAUAAGUAAUUUUUAUUUGGCCUAUCAAUUAGAAAGCAACGUGGAAAAUUUGUCUAAUUUUGCCGAAAAUUUUUCUGAUUACUACGAAAUUAACUUCACUACCUUUUGCCUUUCAAUUAAAAGAAAUGACAAACUUUUUCCCAAAAAUUCUUUCCUUUUACAAAAAGAACUAGGAGAAGUUAUUAGAAAAAAGUAUAAUUUGCGAGUUGAUUUGACUAAUCCAGACAAGACUUUUUCAAUUCGGAUUUACCAGGAUUUUAUGCUUAUUUUCAGCGAAAAAAUAAAAGGUUUAGGCGGCUUGCCAGUGGGUAGCGCGGGGAAAAUUUUAUUAUUGCUUAGUGGCGGAAUAGAUUCGCCAGUGGCGGCUUACCAAUUAAUGAAAAGAGGCUUAGAAGUUAUUUAUUUACAUUUUUAUUAUCAAAAGGAAGGGCAGGAAAAAAUAUUAGCGUUAGUGGAAAAAUUACAAGUCUACAAUAAUUACUCGCGAACUGUUUACUUAGUGGAUUUUCAACCAGUUUUAACGGAAAUUAGUCAUAUUAGUCAAGAAAAAUAUCGCUUAAUUAUUUUAAAAAGGAUGUUUAUUCGCUUAGCUUGCCGGUUAGCCGAAAAGUUAGCAAUUAUUGCCUUAGCUACCGGUGAUUCCUUAGCCCAAGUGGCUUCCCAAACGGUCGAAAGUUUAACCGUGAUUUCCCAAGUUAGUUCCUUAAUUAUUUUUCGACCCUUAAUUAGUUUCAAUAAGCAAGAAAUAAUUCAACUAGCCCAAAAAAUUGAUACUUAUUCUCUGGCUUUGGCUAGUUAUCAAGAUUGUUGUAAUUUAUUUGAACCACGUCAUCCGGUAACUAAACCUCGGCUAGCAAUAACCGAAAGUUUAGAAAAAGAAAUUUUAUGA